GUACUACUCAUUCAUUCAUUUCGGACAACCAACUUGCGACCAAAGAAAGCAAAUCAAGACUCGAGUCUUUAAGCACCAACCACUCCUUUGGUCUGUGUCUUUAAAACAAUAAUUAAAUAUAUUUUUAAUGGACUGUUCUUCGUUUCUCGACAUAUCUCUCAAUCUCAACACCAACACGAUCGAUCGUAGUUUCCCGGCAAAACUUCCGAAGAAGGAGGUCAAGGUUUCAACUUCUGCUGAUUUUAAAAGGAAAUGGGUUGUCAAAGACGAGAGCGCAAUUGAGUUAAGAGAGGAGCUAAACAGAGUCAACUCAGAGAACAAGAAGCUAACAGAGACGCUUGCAACAGUCUACGAGAAGUACAACGCAUUACAACAUUAUUUGGAGAAGCUUCAGAGUCGACAAAGCCCUGAUAUAGAUCAGAUCGAACAACCGACAAAGAAAAGAAAACAAGAUUCGGAUGAUGCGUCCUUAAGCCUUCUUAAUGGACUCAGUAGUGGAAAAACUGACAACAUCUCCAGUAACGAAGAUCUUCAUCAGCAAAAAAAUCAGAUUCUUUCAUUCAAUGGACCAGUAUCUGAUAACUUCAACAAAGCAAAGAUUUCAACAGUCUACUUUCCUACUGUUUCUUCCGACACAAGCUUGACCGUAAAAGAUGGGUAUCAAUGGAGGAAAUACGGACAAAAAGUUACUAGAGAUAACCCUUCACCAAGGGCUUACUUUAGAUGCUCGUUUGCGCCUUCUUGUCCAGUGAAAAAGAAGGUGCAACGCAGCGCAGAGGAUCCUUCAGUACUGGUUGCUACAUACGAAGGGACGCAUAACCACUUAGGUCCAAACGCUUCUGAAGGGGAUGCUACAAGCCAAGUUGGAUCAAGAACUGUGACUCUGGAUAUGGUUCACGGUGGUCAUAGAUUAGCUUUGGAGAAGAACGAAAGGGAGACGAUGCAAGAGGUUCUAGUUCAGCAGAUGGCGUCUUCGUUAACGAAAGAUUCAAGGUUUACAGCUGCUCUUGCGGCUGCUAUAUCUGGGAGGUUGAUGGAGCAGUCUAGAACAUGAAGCUUUCAGUGAAUUUCUGUCUUGGUUUAUCGUCCCUAGAAAUAGGAGUGGCUAAUUUCUUUCAAAAUUUUAUCUUUUACUUGGGAGAAAAAGAUGGAAACGUUAGUGUACAUAAAUAUUGUAACUAACUACAUGAAAAAUCAUAAGCAAUCAAGAAAAUUUAAAUGUUAGUUGUUUUAAAAUGGUUA